GGCCGCUCUGCGGGAUGGAGCCGGCAGCGCUCGGGCGCCUGCGGCUGCUGCUGCCCGCCGGCCCGGGAGUGCCGCGGCUCGGCCGCGGCCUGGCGCCGUCCCGCGGGGCGCAGGCGGGUGCCGGUGGAUCUCCGCGGGCGCGCCACGACCUAUACGAGGUGCUGGGAGUCCCGGCCACAGCGACGGCGGCUCAGAUCAAGACGGCCUAUUACGAACAGUCGUUCCGCUAUCACCCCGACCGCAACGCCGGUAGCGCCGCCGCCGCCGCUCGCUUUGCCGCCGUCAGCGAGGCCUACCGGGUGCUGGGGAGCGCCACCCUGCGCCGCAAGUACGACCGCGGCCUUCUCAGCGCCGAGGACCUGCGCGGCGCCCCGCAGCCCUCGGGCCGCCCGACGGCAGCCCCAGCACCGCCGCCGCCCCGCGCCCCCGCCCGCCGCGGGCCCGUCCCGACGUCCUUCGACUUCGACGCCUUCUACCGGGCGCACUACGGGGAGCAGCUGGAGCGGGAGCGGGUGCUGCGGGCGCGGCGGGAGCAGCUGCGCCUCCGCCGGGAGGAGGUCGCUGCCCAAGGACGCUUUCGGCUCCUCUCUGACCUCUCAGUCGGACUCUUCUUACUUCUGGGUAUUGCUCUCCUCUACGGCCUCAAGUGACAGCGGCGCCACGCCCGGCUGGAUGGCUGCCAGGUGACACAGAUUAGCUGGGGCAUCCCCUGCGUUCUCACAAUAGGCAGGCAUCGUGUGCAGGGGCUGCUGCCCAGGCUGUGACACGUCCCCUCUGCUGGUGCAACCUUCAGACCCAGUACAUGACCAGCAGGUUCCAUGUGCAGGCCCUGCUCCAUGCUCUGUGACCAGACCCCUCUGUCAGCCUGACCUUCAGACACAGCAGGCAACUGGCAGGCACAGUACACGCACGAUGUGACCUCUGCAAGAGUGACCUGUCAAUGGCAUGUGACCACUGGAUACCAUCUGGGGGCUCUGCUCCACAGGCUGCAAUGUGCCUCUGCUGGUAGCAUGAUCGUGCAGAUGGGGUGUAGGGAACCAGCAGGCUGCAGUGUGCCCCCUCUGCUGAUAUGGCCUACACACAGUGCCUGACAAGUGAAUGCGGUUCAUGGACUCCGCUUUGUGGACUGUGAUGUGUCCCCUCCACUGACACUGCUGUUUGACCUUGCUGGGAGCCACAUGCCUUUCCUAAACCACAGCAGAGAUUAAAUGGCUGUUAGUGGUG